AUGUGCAGACAUUCCUGCUGCUGCUCUGUUAAAAGGGCAGCCAUGGAACACUGGGUCAUACCCUCUUUUCCCUUACUGGUGAUCUUUCAGGCAUGAAAGUGGCUAAAUACACAGCCAUUCUUAGCCUCUUGGUAAUUCUCACAGAAUCCAGAAUGAAUGACCCAUCAACAAUGCAGCACAAGACAGACUGGUUCCUUGCAACUUCUCCUUUUGUGGAGCUGAACUGGCCUUCCUCUUGCACAGUACUUUUACCAGGCAGAGUAGAGGAGGGGAGCGCAUGGGGUAAACGCUUGCAAAACUGUCAAGUACUUUUCAUUCGGUUGAAGUGUUUCUCUUCCCUGUUGUCCCAAUAAUUUCAACAGCCCUGUAUGGUUGGCCAGCAUAACUAUUGUAUUACGUGCUCUAAACACUUUAGUGUAACUGUCUUGCAAGUGAGACCUAAACCAAGACUUUGCAGUGCCGUGAUUCCUUGUUUCCAGCCAGCCAUGCUCUCUCCCAGGUGCUCCAUUCUGUCCCCCUCCCACCAGAGGCUGCACUAUUCCAUGGCCCCGGAGCAUGUUCAUUCUUCAUCAGGCUUGUUUUGGGAAAGUUAGUAGGAAAGUCCAAGGCUGGAGAAGAAGACAACAACCAACUAUGAAAUGCAUUGAGGGGGCAAAAUGUGAGCCAAGGCCCCUGUGUUUUUGCACGCAGGCAGCAGCUGAAGUCAUGAUCAGGCAUGAAAUAGGAGUCUGCAGCUUUCUAGACUGCAACCCAGACUCUUAACUACAAUGGAUUGUAGUCCCUAACUCCUAGUUCAUUAUGCCAAAGGAGUCGGAGUCUGAGAGAGGGAACUGAAAUUUGCUUUUCAAGUAAAAGACGAAGUACAGAGGGAAUUUGUGUCUGGCUGGCAUGCAAAACUCCGGUUUCUUCUUUACAUGCAGAGCUCUACAGGAAUCCAUUGUGAAACCGUGUUAUCUAAAAAAUUAAAGCAGGAUAUAAUUUUAGGGACUGUCCCCAGUGAUGCUUGCUUUGGGAAGCAGAAGUGUGCUCUCCCACCUGAGAGAAAAAGGAGUCAGCCAAACACAAAGAAAGCAGAAGUUCCCUUCUUUAGACAGAUCAUAAAAGCAGAUGAUUUGGUUUGCUGUUUGCAUUUACAGGUGCUUAACAAAUCCAGGCUUAGCACUGCUGGCCAGAGGUGCGCUCACCUGGUACCAGAAAGUGCAUCGAGGCAGUAUAAAUACUUAAAGAUAAGCCUUGCAGAAUGUAUAGCAGAUGGAUGCUGGUUUUGAGCAGGAUGCACAGAUGAUAAAUCAUAUCCCUGCUUUCCCAUAACUCCCGUAAUAAAAGUCAGCAGUGGAAGUAGAAAAGUUCUCUGGUACUUCUUUAAACAAACAUGCAUGAGGUGUAUAGUAAAGCAAUGCAUCUCUGAGCAUGCACAGAGUGCCUUUCUCUGGGGGUGUCUGCACAGAAUUAGAAUUAAGGGCAACAGUGGAGCAGAUGUUUGGGAACUGCUUGACAUAAAAGAUUUUUAAGGCACAUCUGUAGCUUUUGAGAAUCCCGAGUUCCAGUACCUCCCCUUUUACUGAUUAAUGGUGGCUGGAGUAUGCUGGGAGUUAAGGGUUUUUUCUGUCAAAGCAGGUAUAGGAUUGUGCCUUUAGUCCUGUUGCCACCGUCUUCCGACAAUGCAGUCCCUCCAUUAAUACAACCAAAAACGUUUGAAAAAUGGCCUAAAGCUUAUGGGAUAUGUAUUCCUCAUUGCUAACCUGAGAUUACUUAUUUUCCAAACUGGUAAGAAUGAGUUUCUCCUUUUCUCCAAAUAAAAUGCUAGAAAUUAUGGCCUUCAUCUAAUGAAGUACAAAGUAUACCUUCAUACAACCAGGUGUUUUCAGCUUUUCUUGCAGGUGGAGCCAUCUGAAACUUCUAGACUGCUGUCAGCUCCGAACACCCCAUUUCACGGAAGACACAGUGAUACUCGGAGAAACACACGGCAAAAGGACAAGCAAGAGAGGGGGGUCCUGUCCCCCACAUGCGGCUAUUAUCCCUUGGCCUUUCUUUUUUCCCCUCUGGGCAACAGGGCGUGCUCCAAAACAGAGCAGCGGGCUGUUUGGCACCAAACUUUCUUUUCUAGGACCAAGAGGCAUUCUUUGAAAUAAAAAUGGUGUUGGAGGCGGCGGCUUUACUUUGCAGCUUGCUAGACACCCCAUUAAAAGAAAAAUCAGAAAGCCAGAUUAUGUCCAAAAAGCUCUGUAUGCACAUGAUGGUUAUCAUGUUGCUGGACUUAAUUAGCUCGUGGAAUGGAUUCCAUCCAUGCUGCGGUCAUUACUCCUGGCUUUGGUUGUUGUUAUGUGCCAUCAAGUUUUCUCUGACUUAUGGGCCACCCUGUGAAUCCAUAAGGCAGCCUGCCCUGACAGCUCCGCUCAGUCCUUGCAAAUUGCUUCAUUUCGGAUGGAUUCACAUGUUAAGGUAUACACCCAGGAAGAGAACUCGUGGCUUAGAUGGCUUCAGAAGGACUGGGCAGAGGGCCGCUGGUCCUGCUGGAACCUCUGUGCCACAGUAUGUCCACCCACUCUUCAUUCCAAAAAGGCCCCUACAGCGGGUCACAGACCCUCGAGCUUGCAAUCUGAAAGAUGCGACACAAAAGGAAAUGUGACUGGGAAGGAGAAGGGAAAAAAACCCACUUCAGGCACCAAAUCUUCGUUUCAGAGCUGAAUGCCUGUUGCAGGGGAGCAACAGUGUGCGAGACGGCUUGGCUUCAUUCCUGGAGACACUUGUGAGAGGCAUAAUGCUGUCUCAGAGGGACCUUUGGUCCAAUCCAGCAGGGCUUUUACACAAUAGUUGUAACAGGGUUGCUUCAUCCAUGUGAGAUUGGGCAGCAGUGGCCAAUGAAAGCAGCAGAUCAGUCCAAAAGAACAUUUUGUAGCUUCCUUUCCAGGUGGGUCAAAGUAGCUUCAAAAUGCCCGGCUAUUUAUUUACACGGGUGAUCAGGCCAAGAUGUGGAGGCAUGUGUGGAAGCCAUCUGUGAAGAACUGAACCGAGCAGUACUGGGCUGAACAUUCCCACUGUCUUUCUUGAACCCUUGCCUACGGCAGGGGUUCCAGGCCAAGUCUCUGGUGCUUUUUCACCCAGCUUUGAGUCAUAGGGUUUUCCCUCUGCUGGUGAACUAGGGGCAUUACAAAACUUGAUUUCCACAUUUCAGUCUCAAUCCCACCCUGAUAGAAAGCACAACUGUUGAUCCUGAAAUGUUUGGGGUGCAAUGCCAGUUGUUAAAUCUGAAGAAUGAAAAAAAAUCCUAGCUUUGUGUCCAAUGGGUAAUGAAUAGCCAGUAUUAGUCUAACUGCUAUCCCAUUGCUGUCCAUGGGCAGAUCAGCAUCAAGGGCACACACUGAUGUGCAGCUGACAAAGGCCCAGGCCCCAGCAGGGGCUCACUGAAAACAGCCCGUGGGAGUUGCGACACCAUUGCAAGCUACUUCCACUCCCUGCCCCAGACCACGGUGGUGGUAAGAAGGAGAGGAGCAGAAGCUCUCCCAGCCCUGCCGGAGCAGACCAAAGAAGCAUCUAGUGCAGUGCUCCAAACACACAGUGGCAAACCAGCUGCCCACUGGAGCUCUGAAGAAGGACGAGGAGGUAGGCAGGCUCUGGUGAAGGAGCCAGCAAGGCUAGUAGCCCCCGAUAGCCGCCUCUUCCACGAAUCUGUCCAAUUACCCAAAUGGGUGGCCAUCCCCAUUUCCUGUGGGAGCAAAUUCCAUAAUUCAACUAUACAUCUUGUGAUAAAUUCUGUCCUAAACACCCCACCAGUCAUCUUCAUGGGAUGACUCCGGGUUCGAGUGUUGUGGGAUAGGGAGAAAAGUGGACACUCCUGUUUUAAGCCGUAAGAAUUGGUGCUGCCUUUGUUUUCCAAGCUGUGCAGGAAAACAAUACAGCAAGUGAGGAAAAACCGUGGAAGGUAUAAUGGGGUUGGGGCAUGGCAGUGGGUCAGCUUUGGACAAGAUCCUUGGUAUCAGAAGCGAUGUUGCAAACAAAUUUCUGCUUGCAGCUGUGCAAAGUUGGAGCUGUGCUUUGGAUGCCCCUGAGGAGUUGCCAGUGCUUGUGUGCAGAAUCCGGCAGCGCUCGGUACACCGCCCUAUUUUAAAGGGGCGGGAUAGACAUUUCUAGUGAAAACUGAGGCUGCUUGCAACAACAACAACAAAAACCACUCAUUAGCUUAGCUGGGUGGAGCAAGAAGGCAACGGGGCGCAUCUCCUGGUAUCUGUGUAGAAGAGAGAGAAAAUAAGCCUAUAAGUUAAAAAAAAACAACAACCCAACAGCUGCAUUUGUCUGCAGGCUGAGGAAGGACUGGCUAAUUCUGAGUGGCUGAUAGCAGGAUGGAACGCGGCCAGUUCCAGCUCUGUUCCUUGCUGCUCCUGAGCCUGCUUUCAGGUUAUGUUUGUGAAAAUAAGACCACACCUGCAAAUGAAACCAUUUCAACACCCAAACCACGUGAUGUCACAAGUCACAAUAUCACAGCAAAGGAGACAACUUUGCAGACUGAGAAGGCUGGGACUGUGAAAAAUAAAAAUGUUCAGGACUUACAUCUGAGAAUGGCCCACUAUUCCCAAGAGAAGGUGAUUGUGGAAGCUGGACCGCCUUCUAAAAUCCUUACUGAAGGAGAGCAUGCCACGCUAGAGUGCAGGUUCAAGGCGCCAGGAGGGGCCAAAGCCAUGUGGAAAAAGUCUUGUUCUCCCAACUGCAGCCUCAGCAGCGAAAUCUCCGAGACCUACGAGACCGAUGUCAACUACACUCUGGGGUUGGCGAAACUCUUCUUCAAGAACGCUGAAAGAAAUGAUACUGGCAUGUAUUACUGCUUUGUGCAUACAGAAAGCGCCCAAGAUCAUUCAUGUGGCACUUACCUGUGGGUCCGGAGACCUCGCCCAGUCUCCUUCUUGAACAUGGAUGAAUCCAUCAAAAACAAGAUCAUCACCGCUGAGGGCUUUCUCCUGCUCAUCUGUGCCAUCGGUCCUGGUCUUUUUCUGCUAUUCAGGCGAUGGGAAAAUGAACGCCUCUUGCAGGCCAAGAAGGCAGCUUAUGAAGAGGAGAAUUUAUAUGAGGGACUGAAUCUGGAUGAGUGUUCCAUGUAUGAAGACAUAUCACGUGGGCUGCAAGCCACGUACCAAGAUAUAGGCAAUGUCAAAGUGAUUGAUCUGCAGCUAGAGAAGCCAGAAAAACCAUGAUGGAAAGGAACUUGCUUUGCAUUCAGCUUUUCAGGAGCCUACCAUAAACAGCUGUUCUGGAUUACUGAAUAGUCUCUUGGUUUCUCUGCAGAUAAUGUGAGGUAGAAAUUCUGCUUUCCUGCCUCUUGGACAUUGAUGCCUUGUAUAUAUACUUUAGCUGUAUAAUAAGGAGGUGGAUAACUGACUGGUUCUGUAUUGUUGAAGAUCUGGCUUUAAUAUGAGAGUAAAAUACAGAGGGACUUCCCUAGCAUUUUCAUUUUCCAAGCAAAAUAUCCUGAUCUGUACUAUUUUUACUGGACAUUUUCCUAUUCUGUUUUCCAUUUUUGACAUCCAAUAUGUUGGAAAGGAGACUUUCCUCCCUAAUUCUGGAGAAGGGGAUUCUGAGACCUAAAUAAUUCUAAAUGUUCUAUUCAGUGCUUUUUUUGUAAGAAAAAAGGUACCAGAACUCAUGAAAUUAUUUAACUUUCGCGACCACACAACCAAUCACAAGCUGAGCAGCGCCACAAGC